UGUUCGGAGAGGAUAGAUGGAAAAGUGUAAAGAAAGGAAAAAAAAAUAGCUUGAUGAGAUCACUGUGUAGGAACUCAAGAAACGAAUGACACAAGACCUUGUUAAAUCCUGCAGACCACCUCAGAUUUGUUGUUUUUCCUUAAAAGUCUACAAUUUUCAGACUCCGAGAGAUUCUUAUGCAGAAGAACUACACUGCAUAUUAAUUUACAUUUACAGCAUUUGGCAGACGCCCUUAUCCAGAGCGACAUACAGAAGUGCUUAAGUCUCUCAAAUGAAAUCAAAUCAAAUUUUAUUUGUCACAUACACAUACAUAGAGAGUACGACAUGCGGUGAAAUGCUUUUUAUGUCUUUCCGGUAUUCAAGCAUAAAAAGGAAUGGAAUUAAGGAUAAAACUAAAACCAAAAUCAGGUAGCGGCAGAGACACCGCCAGAAAUGCAGGAUAUGGAAGAUGUACCCAGUCUCAUCUCUGAGGCUUUGUGUUGUACUGGUCAAGCUCAGCAUACAGAACCAACUCUGUUACGGAUGUGUACAGUGAAACUGGUGGACUUCAGGAAAAUACAGGGCCUGGAUGCAAACGUAAUCUCAGAUGGAAAUGUGCAUACUGGAGUUCCAGGAUUAUUUAGUUUUUAUGGAGGCCAACCAUCACUGCGUGCUCCGUUAAAGAUGUGUUCUGUGAGACUGGUGGAUUGUAGAAAAAUUGCUGAAGAUGAACCAGAAGAUGGGGCUUCUGAUGACCAAUACAGCAGCGGCGAGUCCGGCAACUCAUCGUCUGAGGAAUGGGAUCUGUCACCACCUAAAAAACAAACAGUUAAAGGAAAGAGCUUUGGAAAAGUUAUUGUACCGGAAAUGGGAAAAAAGACAUAUCACUGCAGCCACUGCAAUAAGACUUUCAAGAAUCCGGUAAGCUUCAGAAGCCAUCAGAGGUUGCUUAUAGAAGGAAAGGGUCAGAAAUGCACAGUGUGUGGAAAAAUAUUUUCAGCAAGAAAGCACUUGCAGGAGCACCACCGAGUGCACACUGGGGAGAAGCCUUACCAGUGCACACAGUGUGGAAAAGCUUUUGCCCGACAAACUGGUCUGGAAGAGCACCGGAGAGUGCACACUGGGGAGAAGCCUUACCAGUGCACACAGUGUGGAAAAGCUUUUGCCCUACAAUCAACCUUGCGCGUUCACCAGAUUGUGCACACUGAUGAGAAGCCUUACCAGUGCAAACAGUGUGGAAAAGCGUUUGCCCGACAAACAGGUCUGGAAGAGCACCGGAGAGUGCACACUGGGGAGAAGCCUUACCAGUGCACACAGUGUGGAAAAGCGUUUGCACGACGUGCAUGCCUGUCACGUCACAAGAGCGUGCACACUGAGGUGAAGCCUUACCAUUGCACAAAGUGUGGAAAAGAAUUUAAAUGUUUCUCACAUCUACACAGACACCAGAUGGUGCACUCCAACGCAAAGCUUAACAGCAGCUCUCAGUCCGACAAGACGCAGGCAUCAAACGUUAACGCGCACGAGGGUGUACAUACUGGCGAGGAUCAUCUAUGUUGCAAAAAGUGUGGAAGAAAAUUCUUAAGCUCAUUGGGUAUUCAGAGGCAUAACUGUGCAAAUCCUCAUUCAAAACCAUAUGAGUGCUCAGAAUGUGGUUUGCAGUUCAGAAAUUCUUUAAACCUAAACAUUCACAAGAAAGUACACACUGAGGAGAAACCGUACAAGUGUUCUCGAUGUGAUAAGGCAUUUAAAAGAUGUACAUCUUUAAUAGUACACCAAAGGUUACACAGUGGAGAAAGGCCUUACCACUGUGACUUAUGUGGAAAACAGUUUACACAAGUAACACAUCUGCACACACACAAGAGAGUGCACACCGGAGUAAAGCCUUACAGCUGCUCGCAUUGUGGCAAGUCUUUCACUCAGUCAUCUCAUCUUACAGUGCACAAGUUAGUGCACACCGGACAGAAGCCACACUUCUGCACCACCUGUGGCAAAGGAUUCAGAAUACCCAACCACCUUAAGAGUCACCAGAGGACUCACAGUGGGGAAAAGCCGUAUCCCUGCACUAUUUGUGGACUCUGUUUCUCUCAGUCUAACAGCCUUAAAAAUCAUAUGAGAAUACACACUGGAGAGAUGCCAUACCAGUGCUCGAAAUGUGAUAAGGUAUUCAGACAGCUUGGCUCCAUGAAAUACCAUGAAUUUGUGUGCGGUCAAUGAAAGGCUCACCAAAUAUGUUAUGAUUUUAUUGUAGUUUUAUUUUUUUGGCACCGAACGAAAGACUGAUGACAGAAUGAUUGUAUACACUAUAAUGAUUAAUAUAUGACACUCAAUCAAUAGGGAAACUCUUUGUAUUUUGUAUAAUGAAAAAUCUAUGCAAACAGUCAUGUUUAAAAAAUAUUGUGUUAAAGCGGUUUAGCCAUAUAAUACUUUGAAGUUUUAUUAACCAUUCUGGAAAACUUGACAGAGGAUUCGCUUCACUAUGAAUGAAGAGAUUGUGCCUAUUAAAGGACAUUAUUUUUAUAUGGACAUCAGUGCUGCCUUAAAAACGAUGCUGUCAGGUCUGUCAACCAUUCCCCUAGUACAGUACAGCAAAAGACCAAAGCCAAAUUAAGUGCAACAAGAAAUUUGUGACUGUGAAAUCUCAGUGUUUUAAUCUUUAGAAAAAGCAAAACCUGCUUAUUUUUUACUGAAGAGAUAAUGCACUUUAAGGGCAAUGCUAAGGUGAUGCUCUGAUGUUUUUUAUUUUUUUUUAUUUUAUUUUUUUUAUUUUUGAUGUGUUGCAUGUUGUCAUCAUGCCAAGUUCGAAAAAUCUGUGUACUGCCUUUACAUUGCAUUUUCUGUUUUUAUUUCAGUGUGAAUGCUUUUCUAGCUGACAUUCUGUGCUAUUCAGAUCACGGCUUGGAUGAAACCAAGAUCUUAUAUAGACCUGUAAUCCCAAAAUUACAACAUUUUAUUAAACACUUAAAGGUGGGGUGUACGUUGUUUGAGAAAUGCUUCAGAAAAUUGAGUCGGGCCGACAAACAAAACAAACGUGUAGCCAGUGAGCAGAAAGGGGCGUGUCUUGUCAAUAUGGGCAGAGAGUGUUCAGUGCGCAUGUGACAUUAGCCGAAAGCGACUGAAACAUUGACAUGGCGGAUAAAAACGAAAAGCGAAAAAAAGGCUUACGAUAAGGCAAGAAGCAGGACGUGUUAAUAUAGGAUCAGCUUUCCAGCGCUGGGGAGACAUGAAGGAGCGGGAAGGCCUGCGAUGGGACGCCGAGGUUGCUUUUUCCUUCUCGAUAGGUGAGUACGUUGGUUUUGCUUUGUUUCACAGAACUAAUAUAUGCCGUCCUUUGCAUGAUUAUGCUUGUGUGUCAUUAUUUUUGUUUGCUUGUUUGUUUAUCUGCAAUCGUAUUGUUUUUCCCUUCAGCUAUGAUAAAGACACAUUUCUUUCCAUUAGUUGCCUGGGUUACGCAUGUAUGUGUGGGCGGAGCUAUCAAUAAAGGGGCGGGACCCAUUUCGGUUAGAGGCGUGUUUGUUCUGGUCAUUUCAAAUGUCAACAUUGGCUUUCAAACAACGUAUACCCCACCUUUAAUACAUGAGUUUGAAUGGUUAUUUCUGAACAGUCUUGUGCUGCAGAAUAAAAGUGAGUGCACUUAUGCGAUUGUAAGUCCCCCACUCAACAGAUUUGUAUUUGUUGGUUGUUAAAUCACAUUAAAGAUCAUUGAUUCAUUAAAGAAAUAGAA